CGUCGCAGUCGUUCGUAAACAUUCAUAAAGAAGAUUCUUUUGUCAAACGCGAAGUCGCAGAUGCGGCACCGUCAUUUGUCACCUCACGCACGCGAUCCUCUUAUCCGUUACGACACUCAUCGUGAGAUACGUUCGUACUCAUUUAUAAAAAUUUCUCGAAUAUAACUAAAAAUCUAGUUCCUCGCACGCAGCACGGUCGUGAGCGGCGCGCGCAGCGCGGUGUGAAACGGCAGGGCCGAGCAAGGGGCAAGGGACAGGCGGCGCGAUAGAGGGAGAAGGACAGUUGAAAUAAGUUGACCCUUAUCUCCGCGCUCGAGCGCGCCCGUUCCGCUCGCAACUCCCGGUGACACGGAAACGAUACGCUAUAUCGUCGUCGUCGUCGUCGUCAUCGCCACCACCGCCGCCACCGUCGCCGUCGCCGUCGCCGUCGAGCGAGCUGUGCUUACACGCUGAGUUGUACUACGCCUCGUAACCGCCGACCGUGUAACCGCGCGCCGCGGUAAACUGUGUGCUGUAAAGGUCCCGUGCAUACCGCACGCUCUUUUUCCUCUCGACGUCGUCGUCCAGUCGUGUAGUUUGCGCCGAUGCGUUGAUACGUACGCGAGAACAGGCGAGUAUAAUGGUCUGAUCGCGGUCUCAACAUGACUGUGGACUUCGCCGACUACUUUUGGGGCGAAAAGAACAAUGGAUUUGACGUGUUGUAUCAUAACAUGAAGCAUGGUGUGGUUGCCAGUAAGGAAUUGGCUGAAUUUUUACGAGAAAGGUCAGCCAUAGAGGAGAACAAUUAUAAGCUGCUUAGUAAAGUAGCGAAACAAGCUAGCAAUAGCACGCAAGGAUCGUUCGCACCUGUAUGGGCCGCUCUAAGAGGUGCUGCUGAGAAACUUGCCGGUUUGCAUUUGCAAAUGGCCCAGCGGGUCACCGAACUCAUAAAAGAUGUGUCGAAAUACGCGGAUGAGCUACACAAGAAGCAUAAGGCUGUGAAGGAAGAAGAGUCCUCUACCUUGGAAGUUGUACAAAAUAUUCAGAGUAUUACGGUGACAUUGCACAAAGCGAAAGACAUGUGUAUGCAAAAGGGUCUCGAGUUAGAGAAAUUGAGGAAGGACAAUGCCAGUCAGAGGGAGUUGGAGAAGGCGGAAGUCAAGUUCAAAAAGGCUCAGGACGACUACAAGGCUCUAGUGGACAAGUACACGGUCAUACGGAACGACUUCGAGACGAAAAUGACACAGGCAUGCCGGCGAUUCCAAGACGUGGAGGAGACACACUUGAAACACAUGAAGGAAUUUUUAAACACAUACGCCGACGUAUUACAAAGCAAUCACGAGCAGGUCGGCCAGGUACACAUUGACUUUAAGCGGCAGUGCAUCGACUUGACGGUGGAGAAACUAUUAGAGCGGUUCGUUCAAAGUAAAUACACAGGUUUCGAAAAGCCAGGUGUGAUCGAGUACGAAGAGGUCAUGACGAGCUUGGCGGAAAUGACCGGCCACGCGCAGUCCGAGGGAGGAGGCGUAGAAACACCUAAGGAAACGUCAAAGGGAGCCAAUGGAGAAACAGGCGUAGCCGGUAACAGUCACAGUUCAAAGAAAGAUCAGGGAUUAAAGGGGGAAGGUUUGAGGGUGGACGGGGAAAGGGGGAGGGUACUGGAAAAGGAUAGAGAAAAAGAAAAACAGAAGGAAAAGGACAGGGAACUGUCACAUGCGCAAGCCACCAAGGCUUCCCGCCGUACUACCUCGCUACUCAACCUGUUCAUGUCCAACUCCCAGGACAAACAGAGGCAAGCAGGCUCCGGUUCGGCACCUGCCACUCCUCAAGGGAACCUGCCUCCUGCUGUUCCACCUCCCAGCAUCUCCAGGAACCCUCUCAGAGGAUCUAAAUUGGUUGCGCGUAUUAUGGUUCCUCCACUCUGCACACUCUUAGAACAGCAGUGGUUUCUCCGCAGCAGAAGAGAGAAGCGGAAGGAGAAGAAGGCGAAGAAGAAGAAGGACCUCGUGGAAACGAGCAGCAAUAAAGAAGAAAAGUCUGACCUGGAAGACAAGGACGACAGCAGGAAGUCCGAGACACCAACGCCGGAGGUAGACGAGGAUGGUUUUUGCAUCAGACCGAAGCCGGAUCCAUGGGAGAACGAGAAGGGCUUCUACUCGAGCUCGGACACUGACUCGGAGGACGAGAGGGAGCGCAAGAUCCGAGUGGAGAUAAAGCCUCUCAGCAACGGCGGUGCACCCAUGAGCGCCAGCGUGGAUGAAUUGAGGGCGACAGUGGAAAAUCUGUCUUUAUCACCUGCGCCAACAGGACGUAGAGAAUCGAAUACCGAUUCCGAUCAUCACAUGAAAAGGUCUCAGUCAGUGUCACAGCAAUUAGGAGGUAAGCCAAGCUCAGAUUUACUUGGCCUAAACUUGUUCAAUCCUAGCAGUACGCCGUCGAGCGCGUCGACACCGACCGGCAGUCACCCUUACGCCCCGCUGCAAAGUCCACCGCCGCCUUCCACGUCACCUACCCCGCAGCCACCGCCGCCGCAGUCUGCGCCGCCUACACACCCCCACACUCGAUUUCCAGAUGGCGAUCUGUUCUCGGAGGUGGGCGAUAUCACGCCUGCUCUACCUCCGAAGCAAUCCGCGUCCUCGACGCCGACGGGUUCGAUCGUGAUACCCAGGCCGCCGUCGCGAAGAGGCGAGGGUCCUUCGUCACGGGGCAGGAUGUCACCUGCCACCAUAUCUCGUGCCGACAGCGUGGCCAGUCUGGAGUUUCGCACGGCCGGCGUAGGUGUGGGAUCCUCGAGAGGACCAUCUCCACUUACGAUCGGCCUUGCCGACACUAUCCCAUUAGCGGUGGCGUUCCACGAGAUCGUACAUUCCUACUUUCGAGGCACGGACGAGACCCGGUGUCAGGUGAAGCUCAACGGCGACAUGAUGCUCUCGUUCCCCGCUGGCAUCGUCGCGGUUCUUGCGAACAAUCCCAAUCCGGCCAAGUUGACCUUUCGUGUGCGGAACACCAACAGGUUGGAAAGACUGUUACCGAACAACCAACUCAUCAGCAUGGACGCAACGCAGACUACGGUCGACAGUACAAUCUUCGAAUUCAACAUGAGUGCCUUAACUACGUUACUACGGCGGCAAGCUGAACAGAACCCCUCGGCCUCGUAUUUCAACGUGGACAUUCUCAAGUACCAAAUCAAGUGCAAGGAGGGCGCCGGCUCCUGUCCUUUCCAGUUGGUCGCAUAUUGGAAGUGCGAGACCACCCAUACCGAUCUCAAGAUCGAUUACAAAUAUAACAGUCGCGCUAUGGCCUCGCCGAGUCCUCUGCUGAAUCUUCACGUGGCGGCACCGAUCGACGGUGGUUUCAAGUCGCUCAACAGCAAACCACCGGCGCAAUGGUUACCCGACACGAAUCGAGUGUUAUGGAAAUUUACGGAGCUGUCGCAGCACAGCGAGGGUAACGGAGUGGGUUCCCUGAAGGCGCGAGUCGAGCUGGAGCAUGGUCCGGGUAAUCAGGGCACGAUAUUUACCCAAUUUAAUUGCGAGGGGACUACACUGUCAGGCGUCGAGUUCGAGCUUGUGGGCUCCGGUUACAGAUUGAGCUUGGUGAAACGAAAAUUCGUGUCUGGAAAAUACAUAUGUGACGGGGAUUCAGACACGCGUAGCAGAUACGCCGCGCCGCCAUCCAACGUCGAUUGACGACUUCCAGAAUGGGCACCUCAAUGGGAGACUGAGCCCAUUUAAUACUGGUACUUGCUUAAUCAUUCACUGCCCAUAUCACGACUAUCAAUCGUUCAUAGUCUGUACGCGUGUGGAGAAGGCUGUUGGAUACCAAAGUGUGCGCGCUUGUUAAGGCUCUCAAAUGGCUCCUUCUAUAAAGGUCGUGUUCGUAAACGUAUGCAGGAAAGACAGACUGUAUGAACAAAGCCGGCAAGGUGAUAACGCCUUUUCUGGCGAAGCGUGUCUGGUAUCUCCGUUUAGAUUUGAACUGCACUGAACGCGCUCGCGCUCAGAGGUGUUUGUUUGUGCUGGUGCGCGCGCACGCGCGAUAUUCUAUCUUGAUGGGAGCAGUCGCAAAAUUUACGGGUAGGGAUUAUGCUCGGCGUUAAAUGCGCUCCGACAAUAUGGACCGAUGUGAUGAUUUCGUGGCUAUAGGA